GGAGAAAUGUUCAAAUCACCAACGAGAUGCUGAUGGCUCUGGGAUUACCUGGGAUAGCCAUGCAACCACCUACGAGGCUACCAGACAGGUCUUUUGGGUUGUCCACGGAUUGCGGGUUCUGAGGUUAGGGAGUCUAUGAGACAAUAGGAGUUUACGCUAGCGUUUAGAAGGCCCAUCAUCGCUGUGAAUGUCACUGGAGUACCGUUAGUGUAAGGUGAUAAGUCCACCUUACAGAGCAUUCCGUUUACAGCAUUCUGGAUAUCGAAAGACUAUAAUUGACCCGAAGCAUCUUGCUUUAAGGUUUCUGGAGAUUAUUGUGCUUAUAUGGCGUCAUUCUUAUAGCGCGUCGUCGCCGCCGGAUAAUCAAGGCUGUCAGAGGCCGACCGCUAAGAAGGCUGAUCGCAUAGCAUCGCAUAGUAUCGCAUAUUGUCUCAUUGCCUCCUCGCACAGCCAUGGAGGACGGUUUGAUAUCGCCGCUCCUUCGCACGACCAGUCGCAUGGGUCCCAUCCUCCCGUCGCAUCACAUUCCCUGCGCAGACAGCGCGUCGCACGUGUCGCAUCAUCCCGUGCGACUAGCGUCGCUCGACAUUUUCCGAGGAAUCAGCAUCGUCGCUAUGAUCGUGGCUCUGGAUGUGGGCCCGGAGGUGCCAUGGAUGGGGGUAUCCCCCUGGGACGGACUUCUUCUGGGAGACCUGGUGGCUCCCUUCUUCCUCUUCGCCUCGGGCGCUGCAGUGGCGCUCACGUUCAGAGCCGUGCACAGCCGCUCUGCCGCCGUGCAUAGGAUCCUCAGACGAGCCUGCUGCCUCUUUCUCCUCGGCCUCUUCCUUGAAGGCGGGUUCCUCCACAAAACAGGGGACCUAAGCUUCGGCAUCAGCCUGACGCGCAUCCGCAUCUGCGGCACGCUGCAGCGCAUUGCCAUCGCGUACAGUGUAGCAGCUCUGGCCCAGGUGCUGCUGUCCGCUGCCAAGGGCUGCCACUCGGAGGGGCGCACAGACGGGCGCUCAGAGGGGCGCACCGAGGGAUUCUCGGGCCUGCUCUCCUUCUCACUCUUCACCUGGCAGGCCUCUCUCGUACUGGCAGCCAUCUAUCUCGCCCUCACCUUCCUCCUCUUCGUGCCUGACUGGACCUUCUCUCCCCCCACCUCCUCCUCCUCCUCCUCCUCUCCCUCCUCCACCACCACCAGCACCACCUUCUAUGCACUCCCGCCGAAUGCCUCGCACACAUCCUUCCAUCCCGAAUCUACAGUUGCUGUCAACGCCACGCUUCAAGAUAUGAUGGUGCUCUGCUCUCGCUCUGGCGACCUCACCCCUGCCUGCAAUGCAGCUGGCUACAUCGACAGACUGCUUCUCACCACCAACCACCUCCUCGCUUCACCUCCGUAUUCCCACUUACCGGUGUGCAGCAGCAACCACUCCCUUCCGUCCCCUAAACCCGCACCUACCCCACUCCUCUCCCUCCCCUCCUCUGACGCCCAAUCCCCCCCGCGUGGUGCUCCGCUCCAUUCGAGCCCAUGGGCCUCCUCAGCACGCUAGGCGCCACACUCACUGCCCUCAUGGGCUUGCACCUGGGCCAUAUCAUCACCAGCCUCCAGAGCCAUGCAGCUCGCAUGGUCAACACCCUCCUCUUAUCAGCUCUCCUUAUGGGAGCCGGUUUCCUCCUCCAGUUUCCCUUCUCCUUCUCCCUCCACCACGCCAUCCCCCAUACAAACAUUCCCGAGUGGCUCGCUAUCUCCUAUCCUGGCAUGCCAUUCAAUGCCCAGCUGUACUCGCUAAGCUAUGUCCUGGUAACAGCAGGGGCUGCUGCACUCCUCUUCUCCCUCGUCUACCUCUUCGUGGAUGCAGCAGGGGUGCGGUUCUACACCUGUCCCUUCGAGUGGAUGGGGCAGAACUCCCUCUUCCUCUUCCUUGCAUGCGCCACGCCUCUCCUCUCCUCAAUCGCUGCUGGCCUGUACUGGGAAGACCCAGACCAGAACCUUGUGUCCCUUCUGCGUAACCUGCUGCUAUGGGCAGGCCACGAUUACGAAACGGCAGCAAUUGUAACAGCUUGUUCGAAAGUGAUUUUCUGGUCACUCGUUGCUGGGCUGAUGUCAUGGCAAGGGUUCUACUGGCGUGUCUAAUCGUUUCUGUUCGGCCCCAAAUUCAUCUACACCCCCUGCUGCUGUUCAUUCGAGACGAAUGAAAUUUCACAUACGGUAGUAGUGAAACACAUGUAAUUUGAGGCAUGCAUUUUCAUUACAUUAAUGAGUAUGAUUACCAUGCAA